AUGAUUGUGCUGUCAUGGAUCAACAAAGAGCCACAUCUGCUCAAGACAUUUGUUGUUGCAAACCGGAUUUCAAAGAUACAGGAUCUGACUGAAAUAGCACAGUGGCAUCAUAUCGCUUCUGAAGAAAACCCAUCAGAUCUCAUAUCUAGAGAAGACUAUGCAAUUGCUGAUCGUUGGUCUUCCAGUCGUGAUGACGCUUUAGGGAAUGUCUUGCUUCAUCUGGUGGUCCAUAUUUCAGAAUACGAGUUUGUUAAGUUGCUUCUGGAAAAGGGAGCCAACCUUGCCAGCAGAGAUUUAUCAGGCCGAACAGCUCUGCAUAUUGCUUGCGAAGGAAAAUCUUUAGGAUCAUUUCAACUGAGAGAUCGACGCCAUACAUUUGACAUCCGUGAUAGAAACUGUCGUAUUCCUUUAGAAGUUGCUUGCAGAUUUCAUGGACCAGAAGCUGCUCAGAUUCUCUUGUCAAAAGGCAAAAGUGUAUUUGGAGAAGGUGACCGACCGGUUUUAUUAAGUACUCUAAAUAACAGCAAAGCAUACAAGUAUGCUAUUCCAAUGAUAUCUCUGCUUUUAGACGCUGGUGCAAACAUUGACGCUGCCGACGGAUCGGGGAAUACAGCACUGUUAUCUGCUUUAGAAAACAAAGCCCACUGGAGAUCAAAAAGAUUUCUACACAGAUAUUUGUAUGUUUUUGAUAGACCGUGGAUGUGA